CGCACGCUUCCACUAAGUACCAACCACGAUAUCCACAUACUCUAUGACGUCCCAUUCGCGCAAGCGCACAAGUCCAUUCUCCCUCUACGCCCGCCAAAAAGCCUCGAAGCAGACGGACGCAAGUCGCGUCUUCCGAUCUGACGCCAAUAGCCGUCCGUUCUCGAUGUCUUCCAGCACCAGCCAGGAUCGGCCCCCGCAAAGCGGCGUCGACUCCCAACCACCCCCACUGCCUCUCUACACAGAUCCAGUCGGCACCAUCCGCGCCAGCCUCCACGACCACAAGCUCAAGAAAUGGGGUCUCCUUCUCUACCGCUGCGACUACAGCUCCGACGAGGCGUAGACCUCGCUCCUCGCGACCGUGCACGCGCAGAUGCAGCACGGGCUCGAGGUGCUGAAGGCGCCGGAUCUGCUGUCUUCGAUGAACAUGACGGUCCAGGAAGACCGCGCGACGCUGGACGGGGCGAGCGUGGACACGGUGCGCGACGUGUUCAAGGCCUGGGUCGAAGGUGAUGAGGCGAAGGAGGAAUUGAGCGAGGCGCCGUACCCGGGCCCGUUCUGGUACGCGCGCUACACGUACUGCGUCCACGUCGAUGCGGCGGCGCUGGAGUCGGUCGCGCGGGCGGCGCUGGAGGAUGCGAAGCGCCAGGAGGCGGUCGCGCAACGGGCAGAGGCGGCGGGUAGGCCUGUGCCGCAGCUGCGCUCGCGGGAUGUGGGGCGGAUUGGGUUUGUGAACCUGGUGCGGCUGAGGCUGAGAAAUGUGGUGGAUGAUACUGGGCCCGAGGUUGAUCCUGAGGACGAGGAGCAUGAUGAAGACGAGGGAGACGAGAAUGCUGUUCGGAUUCCGCUUGUGAGUCUGGAUCCGGAGAGGUAUGCGGAGCUGUUCAGUCACGCGACUUUUGACGGGCUGAGGAGCCAUCGGAGGAAAGGGGAUGGGGUGUCUUUGGUGGGUUAAGGUUGUUGGACUUCCGGAAGGCGAUGAUGGGAGUCUGAUGCGAUGGUAGGGCUGGGAUUGCGGAAGGACUGAUGGACUGUCACCGAGCAUAAGUUUCUCGCCUCGGUUACAAGGCGGGUUUUGCCAGAAUCGGAGGCGUCUAAGUGGGAAGGUUUGCUUUGAGGGCGGGAAAUCACCGUUUAGCGUCGUAGGGUUGCAGGUAUUGCCAAAAGGAAUCGAGAAGGGAAUCCACUAUGGGGGUGCUAUCUUCGCCCAGGAUAGAUCAUGGUUUUCCGUCGAGCUGGGUGUUUACUUCUUAAUCACUCAAUGGGGCCAGCAGAGACAGCUUGCAAACAACGAGCAGAUAUUUUGAAACAAGCAGAAAUCGCUAGACAAGCC